AUGCUCUCUCUAGUUCCCCUGAUCGGCCUGCUUCGACUUGCUACCGCGCAGUCAUUCAUCGUCCUCGACACAGGUCUAAGCCAAAGCAGUACUUCCAUCCUCCAGUGGCCUACGUCCCUCCGCCGCCUAGCCCAAGGUGGGUCAAACAAUACAACUCUCACACAAUUCAAAGCAGAAGCCAACACUUCACCCAUUGGAGCCCAAGCACUCGCUUACUCCCCCUCCUUCACCUUCCUCUUCUCCGCCACAGGCCAAGGCAUCAUACGCACAAGCCUAGACUGCAGCUCCUCCUCAACAAUCCUUUCCUCCAACCAAAUUCCCAGUCUCACAAUCGCCGAAACCGAGCAAAAAACCUACUACAGCGACCCCUCCACCUUUUCCAUUCAAAAAGCCGAUUUCAACGGCGAAACCACCCAGCUCGUACGCAACAUAGCCCAAGGAACGAAUCUCCACGCCACCGGUAUCGUAGUCGACAAAGCAAGAGGUUGGAUCUACUGGACUGCAGCAUCCAGCUCCAACAACAACGGUGCAACAGCAACAGGAAGUCUCUUCCGCGCUGCCCUCAACGGCACAGACAACGCCCAGCUACUCGUAAACGGGAUAACCGCCGCACCAGGCCAACUACGCAUCGUCGUCGACUCACUCUUCUGGCUUGAAAACACAGCUUCAACAACGAACAUCAAGUACCUCGAUCGCUAUAUUUCUCAAUUGCCCGCGACACCGACCACACCUUUCACGUCUGUCCCAACGGGUGUUUUAAUAUCCUCAUCGCAGUCGCCGUUGUUUUCGGUGGUGAAUGACAGGGAUGAGGUGCAGAAGUUGGCUAUUUCGAGCUUUUAUGUGUAUAGAGAUGAGUUUAAUUAG